GCGCACACGACCAAACGAAAACGUGUGUUCCGCGACGAUCCCAUCGCAUUGCUUGUGCUAUGUCCUGUGAAUUCUGCAGAGGAAGUAGUGGUUGUUUCGUUAGUGAAGGAGGGUGAAAAUUCGCGUUGGGAACCGUCGUACGUCGUUGUAGACACACCCCGCGGCACGAAUGUACUCUGGUGAUGUGUUAUCUGUGAAACAAGUGCAUCAUCAACGCGACACAGCAUCCAUCCGUCAAUCGGUCGACGUAACUUUAGGUUACAUUGAGGGUGCGGAAGCCGCCGCAGCCGCUUUUUCAGUGACAGUGACCGGGUAUUUCAUUAAGCGACUGGUGCAUCUUCGUCGGACACCCCUUUAUUCUCACCUGGAAUUAAUGGACACGGGUCGUCUGCGACCCGAAUCGCCGGGUGACAAAAACUUUCAAGCUGGAACUAAUGGAAUUAGAAAAUAUUGUUGCAAACACUGUUUAUUUAAAAGCGAGAGAGGGUGGAUCCGAUAGUAAUAAAGGCAAAAGCAAAAAGUGGCGGAAGAUACUGCAGUUUCCGCACAUUUCUCAGUGCAUUGACUACGUUAAUAAAGUAGAUUGCCGUUACGAGUACGUGGUUGACCAGCAGCCGAUCGGCAAGCUCCUCUUCGACCAGUGGUGCGAGACCAAAGCGCAAAAGUACCUGAAGUGCCUAAAGUUCCUGGAAGCGGCCAAUAGCUAUGAGAUCGCCACCGACGAGCAGCGCUGCGAGCUCGCCAACCAAAUCAAAGCGAACUUCAUGGUCGGCACAGAGGGGCAGGAGCAAGUCACCUUGCCCGAGCUGGGGCUCGAGUGCUUUCCCUGUGAUAAACUGACCAACGGGCACAAGGAUCUUUUCGCGCCCUGCGUGCAGGCCGUCAAGAGUUGCUUGGCCGGCGAGCCGUUUAGGGAGUUCACCAGGUCCAUGUACUUCCACAGGUACCUGCAGUGGAAGUGGCUCGAGGCGCAGCCUGUCACCUACAAGACCUUCAGGAUGUACAGGGUGCUCGGAAAAGGAGGAUUUGGGGAAGUUUGCGCAUGUCAGGUUAGGGCGACCGGCAAGAUGUACGCAUGCAAAAAGCUGGAGAAGAAGCGCAUCAAGAAGCGAAAAGGCGAGGCGAUGGUGCUGAUCGAGAAGCAGAUACUGCAGAAGAUCAACUCGCGUUUCGUGGUGAAUUUGGCGUACGCGUACGAGACUAAAGACGCUUUGUGCUUAGUGCUGACGAUAAUGAACGGUGGCGAUCUCAAGUUUCAUAUCUACAACAUGGGCGGCGAGCCCGGCCUGGACAUCGCGAGGGCCAGGUUUUACGCCGCAGAAGUUAUAUGCGGCUUGGAUCAUCUUCACCAACAGGGCAUUGUAUAUAGAGACUGUAAACCAGAAAAUAUUCUACUUGACGACGCAGGUCACGUAAGGAUCUCUGAUUUAGGUUUAGCAGUAGAUAUACCAGAAGCGGAGUCAGUAAGGGGGAGAGUGGGGACUGUUGGAUACAUGGCUCCCGAAGUGAUAGACAACGAACGAUAUACGUUCAGUCCGGAUUGGUUUAGUUUCGGUUGUCUCUUGUACGAGAUGAUCGAGGGCCAGGCGCCGUUCCGCGCCCGCAAGGAAAAAGUGAAGCGCGAGGAGGUCGAUCGCAGGGUGAAGAGCGAUCAGGAAAAGUACACGAGCAAAUUCACCGAAGACGCCAAACUCUUGUGCCAACAGCUGCUGGCCAAGUCUCCGCACCAACGGUUGGGCGGCAAGGCGGGCCGUCACGGCGCGUCCAUCAUCAAGCAGCACUCGUUCUUUCAGCAGAUGAACUGGCGGCGGCUGGAGGCGGGCAUCGUCGAUCCGCCAUUCGUACCUGAUCCGCACGCGGUCUAUGCGAAAGACGUGCUGGACAUCGAACAGUUUUCGACUGUUAAAGGCGUGAACAUCGACGAGAGCGACUCGUCGUUCUACAAGAAGUUCAGUUCGGGCUGCGUGUCGAUACCUUGGCAGUCGGAGAUGAUCGAGACCGAAUGCUUUCGACAACUGAACGUGUUCGGUCCGAACAAGACGAGGUCUGUCGAUUUGAUUCUGCAACCCGCCGCACCUUCUGAGACCAAGGGAUGCUUUCCGUUUAGACGAAAGAAGAAACAACUUCCGAGAACAAGACCAGUAUCUAUCAACCCUGCCUUGCUGCCUCCAAUAUCAGAAAGCUGAUGUAUCUAAUGUAUCUUUCAACAUCUCAUCAUACCUGUCUUCCCUCCCUACCCCCCAUUUUUGAGAAAAAAAUAAACUCACUUUAUAUGAAAUACAGCAACAAAAUGGUAUUGAACUGAACGCACAAGCUGCUUCUGUCUACGUUUAAUAUUGAUUUAGAUUAGGCCGUGCUAUUUAAAUAUUUAUUUUUUGAAGAGUAUUACUGUUUAAUCUUUUCACGUUCCUAUAGGUUUAAGUAUUUUUGCAUUUCAAAUGGCGAAAAGUAGGUAUUAUUUUUUAAGUCAAUUUUAUGAAAGUCAACAAGUAAAAAUUCAACUUUUUUAAUUUGUAUAGUAUUUUGUUAAUUUUUACUCAGUUAUUACGAUCAAAAUAUUUAUAAAUAUACACACUUGAACGUGAAUUGAAUAUUUUAUAUUAGCU